UAGCCCCAACAUCUCAGCCUCUUGUGAUAUGUAUUCCGGAAAACCCUAGCCCGUACUGUGCUCGAGCUGUUUCGUUGCUAGGUUGCCAAUUCCAUCUCCACAACCAUGGCGGAUGUUGAAGCCGAUGUGACGGCAGGACAGCCAAAGAAGAGGACGUUCAAGAAGUUUAGUUACAGAGGCGUCGAUCUCGAUGCUUUACUUGACAUGUCCACUGACGAGCUUGUUAAGCUCUUUAAUGCUCGUCCUCGCAGAAGGUUCCAGAGAGGUUUGAAGAGGAAGCCAAUGGCCUUGAUCAAGAAGCUGCGCAAGGCGAAACGUGAGGCGCCACCAGGGGAGAAGCCAGAGCCUGUCAAGACUCAUCUGAGGAACAUGAUUAUUGUUCCUGAGAUGAUUGGAAGUGUCAUUGGAAUCUACAAUGGAAAGACGUUCAAUCAGAUUGAGGUCAAGCCUGAGAUGAUUGGUCACUAUCUGGCUGAGUUCUCAAUCUCAUACAAGCCUGUCAAGCACGGGAGACCCGGUAUUGGUGCUACUCACUCAUCAAGGUUCAUUCCUCUGAAGUAAUAUGGGAUGUCAGGUUAUUUGAUGCCUUAUUUUACUAGAAUUUUGAUGAAGGCCACAUAUUAUGAAAGAGUUGAGUUUGAAAUGGCAGUGGUCAGCCGAUAAAUAUCUAUUUUUAGUUGUUUGUUAUGACAUUGGUGUCUUAGACUUGUUCUUUUCAAAUGCUCAAUUGAGGGGAGGGCUUGAUGAGUGAUGCUCACAACUCACAAGCCAUAUGUUCAAGUUCUCUCCUGAUUUCCCAGCACACUCAAGUCUUUUCUUGAUUUCUUAACAGUUAAAAUGAAUUAUAGUUUUGUGAGAACCUUUGCACUUUCUUGAUCUCUUCGUGAAUAACUUGUGUUAUUGUGGUUGAGCUUGUGCAUCCUGGGACAUGUUGGAGUUGGCCUAAAUCUUUACAUGUGAGAGUUGUUCUGUGCUUAGCUGGAAGGAUGAUUACCCUAUAAUUUAGGUUCUGGAAUUAAAUGGUGCCUUGAAGGUUCUGGAGUUCAAAAUAUAUGCCGAGAAGGAUGUGCUCUGAAUUAUUAGUUUCUUUUUGGAAUAUGCUGAGCUUAUAGAACAAUUUUCCACAAGCAAAUUGAAAUUGUAACAUAUUUUGGUGUCAAUGGCAUGUGCCAUGUUGGGAAGGUGUCUAAUGAGCUUGACUCGUACUAGUAAAAAUGAUCGUCUUUGACACGAAUGGAAUGUCAAUGGUA